UCAAAGUUCCUCUUACACUCCAUGUGCUUCUCGUGCCUCGAUGUUGUUUGGUUUAUGUACAUAUUUAGUGAAGUGACACAUGAUACCUUUAAUCGAUUGUCCUUAAAUAUUAUAAGCGUACUGUCUGUUCAGUAUGGCGCAUAACAUGUCUUCGUCCAGUUUAAAGGAAACGGAGAAGAAAGAUUCUAGAUACGAGUGUCCUGCAGACUUUGUGCCUCUUCGGUACAGCUGCACUGAGAAGUCUGUGUUAGAGAGAGGAGAAAACACGGAGCUGUGGCUCAUUAAAGCUCCAGCUCGCUUCAAGCCCAGCAGCCUGGCAGGUUUAAAAGUAUCUUUAUCAGGCCUGGAGAUGAUCCAGUCUACUGAUGCAUCUCCUCACAUCUACAGUGUUCUCUCGAGCCGCUCAGGCCCUACUGACCUCCAUUUGCUCACUUCCAGUGGUAAAAAACAAAGCGCAUCUCCCACUGCUUCUGGCUUUGCUGGAAUCCUUAGUAUCAGUGAAAGUUAUGGGGACUGCAGUGGGAAUCAGAGCCCUAUUCCCAUCCCAGCAGCCCCUGCUCCGAGUUUUCCACCAGGCCUGAAGCAGCGCUUCCAGCCCUUUGGCAGCUCUGCUGCUGCUCACAUGUUUCAGAGCACCACCUCAACCUCACCUUUGCCACCAAAGAAAAUAAAACUGGAGUCUGAAGAGACGGAACACCAGAGUAAGAAGAAGAAAAAGAAGAAGAAAGAGAAGUGCGGCAGGGAGGAGACAACUGAAGUGGCCCACAUUAAGCAGGAAGAGAUAUCUCAGGAAUGUAGUGAGCCGCAAGUCCCAGAGCUAGUGGAAGAAGAUGGUACAACAGAGAGAAAGAAGAGAAAGAAGAUUAAAAAAGAGAAGGAGAGAAUGGACACACAAGAUGAAGUAGCAACUGAUGAACAUUUGAUAGUCAAACAGGAAGCAAUGGAUACAUCCUUUGGUGAAAUUGAGAGCUCUGUGAAAAAGAAAAAGAAGAAGAAGAAGAAGAAGAAAACUCAAGAUGAGUAGAUAUUCAUUAAUAUUCAUUAUGCACUCACUGAACACUUUAUUAGGAACUCGCUUUGCUCUCAAAAUCCAGGUCCAGUGACUGGGAAGACAACAACUUUGUGUUCAUUGUCAUUGAAACCAGACGACUUUUGCUUUGUGACAUGGUGCAGAAUUAUUCUGGAAGUAGCCAUUAAAAGAUGGUAAAUUGUGCCCAUUAAGGAAUUUGUAUGGUCAGCAACAAUACUCAAAUAGUCUGUGGCAUACAAGUGAUGAUUGAUAUUGUAUUAACGAGUCCAAAGUGUGCUCAGAAACUGCUGACACAGGGCAGGUUGGGUACAUAGAUUCAUGCUUUUAGCAACAAAUUCUCAUCCUACCAUCUGUGUGCCUCAGCAGAAAUCGAGAUUCAUCAGACCACGUUACAUUUUUCUAGACUUCAAAUGUCCAGUUUUGGUGAGUCCACUUUCUGGUCUUAACUGACAGAACCUGACAUGGUCUUCUGCUGUUGUAGCUCAUCCGCCCUGUGUUCCAGUGUAUUGAGCAUUCUGUGAUGCAUUUAUGCUCACCACAAUUGUACAGAGUAUAGUUAUCUAAGUUCUGAGAUCUCAACAAGAUGUUUCCAUAUGAUACUCACUGGUUGUUUUUCUUAUAUUGAAUAAACUCUAGAGACUGUUGUGUGUGAAAACACAGGACAUCAGCAGUUAUAGAAAUACUCAGACCAACCUGUCUGCCGCCAACAAUCAUGCCAUGGUCAGAAUCACUGGGAGUCAUUCUGAUGGUUAAUGUGAACAUUUCCAGAAACUUCUGACCAUGAUUGCAUGCAGUGCAAUGCUGACACAUGAUUGGCUGGUUAGAUAAGUGCCUGAAUGUUUUGGUGUACAGGUUUUCAUAAUAAAGUACUUAGUGAGUGUAUGUUGUAAUGGUAACUGUGAUGAUUGUAAGCUUUUAUGUCAGGAAAAAUGUCUGCAACAGUUAGACAUUUUACAACAAAAUGUAAAAGGCUGAAAUGUUUGAUUGAAUUUAUAACUGUGCUAAAAACAGUUAAUUGUUACAUUCAGUGGUGUGCAAAAGUUUGUAUAACCUUAAGACAAUUUUAUCAAAAAGACUGGUGAUUAUAUUGUAUGUUAUAUAGUACAUAGCUUUUUUUUGUUUGUUUUUAACAGAAAGCUGUCACUGUAGCUUUAAGAUGUUAAUAGUAAAAAUUAGUUCAUUGUAAAGGUUCAUGACUCUUUAUUGCCAUGCAAGAAGUUAAAUGGGAUUUGGUUUCAUACUGCGUUGUGUAGGUCCAAAGAACCCUUAAAUGAGGAACGUCACAAAAACAAAUACAAAAAAGACAAAUAUUACAUGAUAAAUGUUGCAUAAUAUUUAUAAUGAAAUAAUUACAAUGCUUAACAGGAACUAUCAUUUAUUUAACCACACUGUUUGUCUUAAUAACUGCCUUCAAUUUCCCCUGAACAGCUUUUGGAGUACUCUCAGCUGUAAUAUUCACCCUUCCCACCUCCACCACUCACCCACAUUCUUCUAAUAACCCUGAUCUAACUGCGCUAGGUUGCUUGGCCCAUCUAGACCCAUCCUCUUUACCAGUUGUUAUGUCAGCUAAAUGUCAUCCACUGUGUUUUUUGAAUCAGGGUGAAACAUCUAGCUUCGUGUGAUCAGCAACUAGCUUCCAGAACACAGAUUGAGAUGCUGGACAAACUGGUAAAAACCUGUAAAUUAAAUCCCAGUUGACCAAAUCAUAUUAGGUAUUAAUAAUGCAAUAUCAAAAAAAAGAGCUGAUUUUAUAGUUAGAAACAUAUCUAAAUUCUGAUAUAACCAAUAAGUCCAGCUAACUGUUAACGUAUAUGUAUGUCGGAUCAUAUACUGUUGAAAUGAAUUUCUUGGAUAUUUAUUCACACAGCUGUGUUAUUUAGCUGACUGUGCCAGGGAGCAUUCAUAGCAGCAGUCGGGGAAUGAGAAAGAACUGAUGUGUAAUGUUGGAUGAUAUGCCACAUAACUCCAUUUGCUGAUGUGGGAAGCAGCACAGUAGGAGAUGUGGGAGUCGCAACCUUCAUCUCCAGUAGUUCUGCAUUAGUAGAUGAGGUCACGGCUUCCAUCACUAGCUCCACAAUCGCUGCAAUACCCACGCAUUCAUGACAAUACCAUUUUAAAAGUUCAUUGUCAUUAUUUUCAACACAUUAACUCAAUUGCCUCAUUAAAUGCCAACAGCGUAGGAGCAGGCCUUAGUGUCUAAGGAGGACUUUAGGCCACUUUUUUUUUCUUUCACUCAGGAACCUUCCACAAUCCACAUGUCAAAGUUUCAGUUAUUAAGUAUAACUGAUCAGAAGGUUGUCAGUUGCAUCGGUCAGCUUGCAACAGUAAGGAAUUAGUGUUAAGUCUAUAAUGAACUCGGACACUACACCGACCCAAUAGUUCCGCAAGAGCUUUUGGUUGCUGUUAUAGAAUGGACAUUAUUUACAGUUACAUUAUUUACUGUCCAGUGUUGCCCAAAUGAGAAUGUGGUUCCCUUCUGAGCCUGAUUCCUCUCAAGGUUAUUUCCUCAUAUCAUCUUAGGGAGUUUUUCCUUGCCACUUGCACUGAGGCUUGCUCAUUAGGGAUAAAAUAGGGAUUGAAUAGUAACUUAACUUUAACUUUUCUCUAUGUUUCUAUACUUCUGUAAAGCUGCUUUGAGGCAAUGUUCAUUAUUAAAAGCGCUAUACAAAUAAAUUGAAUUGAUUUGAAAUAUCCCAGGAUCACCAAGCUGCUGCUGCUGGGCCCAUAAGCAAGGUCCUUAACCUCGAACUAUAUUGAGUUGUACAAAUGUAAGCUGCUCUGGGUACGAGAGUCUGGCAAAUGC